AUGAGCAAAGCAUAUGUCAAACAAUAUGAGGGAAAAUCAAAUCCUGUGCAAGUGCUUGAUUCUGGUGCAACAAAUGACUCAAUCAAUGAUGACAACUUCACAUCCUUCACAAAUAUUUUAGUGACUACUGGUAUUGGAUCUUGGACUAGUGAGCUUGAUGAGUACCUCUGCAAACCAGUUGAGAAUGUCAAGGAGCCUCUUAAGUGUUAUUACCAGCAACUCCAUCAUUACAAAAAGGCAAAAUUGGUCAAUACAUCACCUUCUGUUUCCCCCUCAGAGUCAUCAGAGGAUCCACAGGCAAUGAAUCUAGAGCCUGAGAUUGAAGUACUUCAAGUAUCUGAGUUCAAUGUAGCCAGUGAUGUGAGCAUGGGCAAGCCUGAUAAAGGCCCAAGUCCAAAUCAUUUGGAUCAGGAGUCAGAUGAGACUGAUCAUGCAGAUGAAGUUCCAUAUGGCAAAGAAGAAGAAAAUAAUGAUAUGGAUGAAUUACAGUGGCUCAACAAAGUGUCUGAGUAUUUAUGGAUUUUCAAGUAA